AUGGGUCGUUCAUCAAAAAAACGUCACAUUGCUUUAACAAAAUCUCAUGCUACUGAUGGCACUUUUAUUGCUGAAACUCAGGAUGAAACAAAUUUUGAGAAAGAAACUGAAGGUGCUGAAGAUUUAGAAGUUGAAGAUUGG